CUGCUGUUUGUGCUUCACUCCUGGACAGAAAAAUAAGGAAAGGUGUGAAUGACAUUCACACACUCAGUGAAAGUGACAUCACUGUUGCAGAAGACAUGGUAAAGCUCCUCGGACCAGUCAGAACCGCCACCACAAUAAUGUGUGAAGAGAAACAACCCACUUUAUCGGUCAUUGCUCCACUCAGAGUAAGGUUGCUGGUGCAUUACCUUGUCACAGAAGAAGACUCUGCUUUACUAGGAGAGAUGAAGGAAACUAUGUCCAGGGAGCUAUCACAGCGCUACAAGGAUGUGCAGCAGGUCCUCCACAUAGCAUCUGCUUUGGAUGCAAGAUUCAAGACUCUGCCCUUUCUAAGUGAGGAGGAGAAAGAAGCGGCCUUCCAGAGCAUCACAUAUGAGGCUUUAGAGCUGUGGGACCAGAAAGGUGACACUUUGACAAAUGUCGAGGAGAACAUACCUCCUCCCUCAUCUGCUGACCAAACUGAUGAGCCUGACUUGGAGCCAACUCCUGAGACAUCCCAGGCUCAAGAACAAGCUCCCAAAAAGUCUAAGGCAUUUCAGGACCUCUUUGGCGAUACGUUCGGCACUGCUGACCCAAGGCAAAAGACCUCCAGAGACCUAGUCCAUGCAGAAGUUGCCAAGUAUAAAGACACUGACCCUUUGCCCCUGGAAGGUAAUGUGUUGGAGUGGUGGAAAACACAUCAGACUGAGUUUCCCCUCCUGGCAAACCUUGCCAAAACCUACCUGUGCAUUCCUGGUACUAGUAUACCUUCAGAACGUGUUUUCAGCACUGCUGGAGACAUUGUCCGCUCUGAACGUAGUGUUUUGUCCGCAGAGCAUGUUGACCAGUUGGUUUUUUUAAAGAAAAACCUUCCAAAGGACACUGGAGAACAUAUUUGAUUAUUAUAUUAUUGAUUGUUUUGGUGAAAUUGUUACUAAUACAUUUGUUCUGAAAGAAAUACAUUUGUUCUGAAAGAUAUCACAGUCUCUUAGGUUAAGCUUGUUGUUUUUUUUGAAGAAAAACCUCCCAAAGGACACUGGAGGACAUAUUUGAUUAUUAUAUUAUUUAUUGUUAUGGUGAAAUGGUUACAAAUACAUUUGUUCUGAAAGCUAUUACAGGCUCUUAAGUUAAAAAUGUAUGGUUUUUGUUUAACAUCUGGAAGAGCAAAGCAAUAAAAUGUUUUAAUUAUAAUUAUGUUUUUUUUGUGAGUUGAUGUGAAUUGAACAGGUUGUGUUAAAUGGGCAUAUGAUAUCGUCUCAUAUCGAUCGCAGGCCACUGAAUCGAAUCGAAAUCGUAUCGCGGCAGACUUUUGAUAUCGGCAAAUAUCGUAUCGUUGUCCAAUGAAUCGAUAUAAUAUCGUAUCGUGAUGAAACCAGAGAUUUACACCCCUAAUAUAUAUAUAUAUGUAUGUAUAUAUAUAUAUAUAUGUAUAUAUAUAUUAGAGCUGUCAAGCGAUUAAAAUAUUUAAUCGUGAUUAAUCGCAUUAAUGUCAUAGUUAACUCUAAUUAAUCGCGAUUAAUCGCAAAUUCUUUUUCUAUGCUAAAUAUCCCUUGAUUUUUUUGUCCCAUAAUUCUUCUCAUUUUAAUUCUCUUAUCAACAUGGUGAAGUGCAUCGGCUUGCCUUGUGCAAAUGAUUUUUUAUUGAUAACAACAUUGGCAUAUACACUGAUCAAAACAGGACGAUACAAAAAAAGAGCCUAUAGUGCAAUUAAACGACUGCUUUGAACAAAUGUCAUUUGAACAUAGCA